CCUUCCCGCUGCUCCAGAGGGGGCUCUCAGAGCUGAGGACGCGCGCGGCGCUGCUCAAGUCUCUCUCUCAGCACCCUCGCCGGCCGGCAUCUGACACGGGUGCCAGGGAGCUCCGGGCGCCUUUCAGUGUCCCUUCCCUAGGCCGGCCGGGACUCCGCAACCCAGACGCUGCCGCUGCGGCCACCGCCCGAGGGGACCUGCGGACAGGACGCCGGCAGGAGGAGGAGUGCGCAGCGCCCUCCCAGAGCGUCUCCGCCUGUGCGCGGCGAGACCCGGGCUUCCUGGCCCCAGGAGACCCCGCUGCCUCGCCAAGUGUAUGGGACUGAAGUUCUUGGAGAAGGGAGCCCAACUCUUCAAGGACUUAAGUCACAGACACAGAGCUUCUUGGAUACUGACAAAUCUUACUGGUCAACUAGUCUACUAAAUUCCAGCAUCCACCCAUUCGUUUAACAAGUGAACUAUGACCACUUUACUCUUCGUGUUUCUGACUCUGAGAGUCAUCGCAGCAGCCAUCUCAGUAGAAGUUUCAGACCCUGACAACUCGCUGAGUGUCAGCAUCCCUGAACCGUCCCCGCUGCGGGUCCUCCUGGGGAGCUCCCUCACCAUCCCCUGCUACUUCAUCGACCCCAUGCACCCCGUGACCACCGCCCCCUCCACCGCCCCCCUCGCCCCAAGAAUCAAGUGGAGCUGCAUUUCCAAGGAGAAGGAGCUGGUGCUGCUGGUGGCGACUGAAGGGCAGGUGCGGGUUAACAGUGCCUACCGAGACAGGGUCACGCUGCCCAACUACCCGGCCAUCCCCAGCGACGCCACCCUGGAAAUCCAGAACCUGCGCUCCAAUGACUCUGGGAUCUAUCGCUGCGAGGUGAUGCACGGCAUCGAGGACAGCAAGGCCACCGUGGAGGUCGUGGUGAAAGGCAUCGUGUUCCAUUACAGAGCCAUCUCCACACGCUACACCCUGGACUUCGACAGGGCGCAGCGAGCCUGCCUGCAGAACAGCGCCAUCAUCGCCACGCCCGAGCAGCUGCAGGCCGCCUAUGAGGACGGCUUCCACCAGUGCGACGCCGGCUGGCUGGCAGACCAGACUGUCAGGUACCCCAUCCACACUCCAAGGGAAGCCUGCUAUGGGGACAAGGAUGAGUUUCCCGGUGUAAGAACCUACGGCAUCCGUGACACCAAUGAAACCUAUGACGUGUACUGCUUCGCAGAGGAGAUGGAGGGCGAGGUCUUUUAUGCAACAUCCCCGGAGAAGUUCACCUUCCAGGAGGCAGCCAAUGAGUGCCGGCGGCUGGGCGCCCGGCUGGCCACCACGGGCCAGCUCUACCUGGCCUGGCAGAGUGGCAUGGACAUGUGCAGCGCCGGCUGGCUGGCCGACCGCAGCGUGCGCUACCCCAUCUCCAAGGCCCGGCCCAACUGCGGGGGCAACCUCUUGGGCGUGAGGACUGUCUACCUGCACGCCAACCAGACGGGAUACCCCGACCCCUCAUCCCGCUACGACGCCAUCUGCUACACAGGUGAAGACUUUGUGGACAUCCCAGAAGAUUUCUUCGGGGUGGGUGGUGAGGAGGACAUCACCAUCCAGACGGUGACCUGGCCUGAUGUGGAGCUGCCUUUGCCACGAAACAUCACCGAGGGUGAAGCCCGAGGCAGCGUGAUCCUCACAGUGAAACCCGUCUUUGACAUCACCCCUACCGCCCUGGAGCCCAAGGAGCCCUUCACUUUUGCCCCCGAAGUAGGGGCCACCGCCUUCUCUGAGGCCGAGAACAGGACUGGAGAGGCUACCCGGCCCUGGGCCUUUCCCGAGGAGUCCACACCUGGCCUGGGCGCUCCGACGGCCUUCACCAGCGAGGACCUCGUUGUGCAGGUGACCGCAGCCCCAGGUGCAACCGAGGUCCCUGGGCAGCCACGACUGCCAGGGGGAGUUGUGUUCCACUACCGCCCGGGCUCCUCCCGCUACUCGCUGACCUUUGAGGAGGCCCAGCAGGCCUGCCUGCGCACCGGGGCCGUCAUCGCCUCGCCCGAACAGCUCCAGGCCGCCUAUGAAGCAGGCUACGAGCAGUGUGACGCUGGCUGGCUGCAGGACCAGACCGUCAGAUACCCCAUUGUGAGCCCACGGACCCCAUGUGUGGGUGACAAGGACAGCAGCCCGGGGGUCCGGACCUAUGGCGUGCGACCACCAUCAGAAACCUAUGAUGUCUACUGCUACGUGGACAGACUCGAUGGGGAGGUGUUCUUCGCCACACGCCCGGAGCAGUUCACCUUCCAGGAAGCACAGGAGUUCUGUGAAACCCAAAAUGCCACACUGGCCACCACGGGCCAGCUCUAUGCUGCCUGGAGCCAGGGCCUGGACAAGUGCUACGCUGGCUGGCUAUCUGACGGCAGCCUCCGCUACCCCAUCGUCACCCCAAGGCCUGCCUGCGGUGGGGACAAGCCAGGUGUGAGAACCGUCUAUCUCUACCCCAACCAGACAGGCCUCCUGGACCCGCUGUCCCGGCACCACGCCUUCUGCUUCCGAGGCAUCCCAGCGGCGCCCUCUCCAGGAGAAGAGGAGGGUAGGACACCCACAGAGCGCCCUGAGGUGGAAGCCUGGAUCACUACUGAAGUGGGGCCCAGCGUGGCUGCUGUCCCUGUUGGGGAGGAGACGACUGCAAUCCCAGAGUUCACCACUGAGCCAGAAAACCAGACGGAAUGGGAGCCCGCCUACACGCCAGCGGGCACUUCCCCACUGCCAGGGGUCCCUCCUACAUGGCUUCCCACUAGCACAGCAACAGAGGAGAGCACAGAAGCCCCUUCUGCGACGGAAGUGCCCUCAGCCUCGGAGGAGCCAUUGCCCUCAGAAAAGCCGUUGCCCUCAGAAGAACCAUUCCCCUCCGAGGAGCCAUUCCCCUCAGAGGAACCGUUCCCCUCAGAGAAACCGUUCCCCUCAGAGGAGCUGUUCCCCUCAGAGGAGCCAUCCACACUUUCAGCCCCAGUACCCAGCAGGACUGAGCUGCCAGGCUCUGGGGAGGUAUCUGGGGUGCCUGAAGUCAGUGGUGACUUCACAGGCAGUGGCGAAAUUUCAGGACACCUAGACUCCAGUGGGCAGCCUUCAGGGGAAAUUGCAAGUGGACUGCCCUCUGAAGACCUUGACUUCAGUGGGCUCACCUCUACAGUGGGCUCAGGCCUGCCUGUGGAAAGUGGACUGGCUUCAGGAGAUGAAGAUAGAAUUACGUGGACCACCACUCCUGAAGUUGACAGGUUGCCCUCUGGAGGUGAGGUCCCAGAGGGCUCUGUCUCUGGAGUAGGGGACCUCAGUGGACUUCCUUCUGUAGGUGAGGAUCAUCUAGAGACCUCUGCUUCUGGAGUAGGGGACCUUAGUGGACUUCCUUCUGGAAGAGAGGACCUAGAGACCUCUGUCUCUGGAGUAGAGGACCUCAGUGGACUUCCUUCUGGAGAAGGUCCAGAAACCUCUGCCUCUGGAAUAGAGGAUCUCAGCAGACUUCCUUCUGGAGAAGGUCCAGAAGCCUCUGCCUCUGGAGUAGAGGACCUUAGUGGACUUCCUUCUGGAGGAGAGGGUCUAGAGACCUCUGUCUCUGGAGUAGAGGACCUCAGUGGACUUCCUUCUGUAGGUGAGGAUCAUCUAGAGACCUCUGCUUCUGGAGUAGGGGACCUUAGUGGACUUCCUUCUGGAAGGGAAAGUCUGGAGAUCUCUGCUUCUGGAGCUGAGGAUCUUAGUGGGUUGACUUCUGGAAAAGAAGACUUGAUUGGGUCAGCUUCUGGAGUCUUGGACCUUGGCAGAAUACCUUCUGGAACUCUAGGAAGUGGGCAAGCUCCAGAAGCAGGUGGCCUUCCCUCUGGAUUUAGUGGUGAGUAUUCUGGGGUGGACCUUGGAAGUGGCCCAUCUUCUGGCCUUCCUGACUUCAGUGGACUUCCAUCUGGGUUCCCAACUGUCUCCCUAGUGGAUACUACAUUGGUGGAAGUGGUCACAGCCACCACUGCAGGUGAACUAGAAGGAAGGGGAACCAUUGGCAUCAGUGGUGCUGGAGAAACAUCUGGGCUGCCCUUCAGUGAGUUGGACAUUAGUGGAGGAGCAAGCAGACUCUCUUCAGGAGCUGAACUCAGUGGCCAGGCAUCUGGGACUCCUGACAUCAGUGGGGAAACAUCUGGACUCUUUGGUGUCAGUGGACAGCCAUCAGGGUUUCCUGACAUUAGUGGGGGAACAUCUGGACUUUUUGAGGUCAGUGGGCAGCCAUCAGGGUUUUCUGGGGAAACAUCUGGUGUGACUGAGCUUAGUGGACUGUCCUCCGGACAACCAGAAAUCAGUGGAGAAGCUUCUGGAGUUCUUUCUGGCAUUGGUCCACCAUUUGGCAUAACCGACAUGAGUGGAGAAACGUCCGGGAUCCCUGAUCUCAGUGGGCAGCCAUCAGGGUUACCAGGGUUCAGUGGGACAACAUCCGGAAUCCCUGACCUGGUUUCCAGUGCCGUGAGUGGCAGUGGUGAAUCUUCUGGCAUUACAUUCGUGGACACCAGUUUGGUUGAAGUGACCCCAACUACAUUUAAAGAAGAAGAAGGUUUAGGGUCCGUGGAACUCAGUGGCCUCCCUUCAGGAGAGGCAGAUCUCUCAGGCACAUCUGGGAUUGUGGAUGUCAGUGGACUCUCUUCUGGAGUAAUUGACUCCAGUGGGUUUACACCCCAGCCUCCAGAAUUCAGUGGCCUGCCAAGCAGAGUAGCUGAGGUCAGUGGAGAGUCCUCUGGAGCUGAGAGUGGGAGCAGCCAGCCCUCUGGAGCAUAUGACGGCCGUGGACUUCCAUCUGGUUUCUCCACUGUCUCUCUUGUAGACAGAACUUUGGUGGAAUCUGUAACCCAGGUUCCCACAGCCCAAGAAGCAGGAGAAGGGCCUUCAGGCAUUUUGGAACUUAGUGGUGCCCCGUCUGGAGCACCAGACAUGUCUGGAGACCAUUCAGGACUUUUGGACCUAAGUGGACUUCAGUCUGGACUGGUAGAGCCCAGUGGAGAGCCAUCAAGUACUCCAUAUUUUAGUGGGGACUUUUCUGGCACCACUGAUGUAAGCGGAGAAUCCUCUGCACCCACGAGCACCAGUGGGGAGGCCUCAGGACUUCCAGAAGUUACUUUAAUCAUUUCUGAGUUCGUGGAGGGUGUUACUGAGCCUACUGUUUCCCAGGAACUGGGCCAAAGACCCCCUGUAACAUACACCCCCCAGCGUUUUGAGUCCAGUGGAGAAACCUCUGCAUCUGGGGAUACACCAAGGUUCCCCGGGUCUGGGGUAGAAGCAUCAUCAGUCCCAGAAUCUAGCAGCGAGACGUCUGCCUAUCCUGAGGCUGAGGUGGGAGCAUCUGCUGUCCCCGAGGCCAGCGGAGGCACUUCCAGGUCCCCUGAUCUGAGUGGAACCACCUCCACCUUCCAUGAAGCUGAUCUGGAGGGAGCCUCAGGCCUGGGAGUGACAGGUAGCACCUCAGCCUUUCAGGAAGGCCCCAGGGAGGGCUCGGCUGCCCCGGAAGUGAGUGGAGAGUCAACCACCACCUAUGAUGUGGGCACAGAGGCAUCAGGCUCACCUUCGGCCAUUCCCAUGGCUUCUGGAGACAGGACUGAAAUCAGCAGAGACCUGUCUGGUCACACCUCGGGGUUGGAUGUUGUCAUCAGCACCACCAUCCUGGAAUCCAAGUGGACUCAGCAGACCCAGAGCCCUGCAGAGGCGCAUCUAGAAAUGGAGUCCUCAAGCCCCGAGCACUCAGGAGAAGAGACCCAAACAGCCGAAACACCCACCUCCCCAACUGAUGCUUCCAUCCCAAACUCUCCAGGAGGGACAGAUGAAUCAGAGGCAACCAUGGCAGACAUUGACGAGUGCCUCUCAAGCCCUUGUCUGAAUGGAGCCACCUGCGUGGACGCCAUCGACUCUUUCACAUGCUUAUGCCUUCCCAGCUACCAAGGGGACCUGUGUGAGAUCGACCAGAAGCUGUGUGAGAAGGGCUGGACCAAGUUCCAGGGCCACUGUUACCGCCACUUCCCCGACCGGGCGACCUGGGUGGACGCCGAGGGCCAGUGCCGGAAGCAGCAGUCACACCUGAGCAGCAUCGUCACCCCUGAGGAGCAGGAAUUUGUCAACAACAAUGCUCAGGACUAUCAGUGGAUCGGCCUGAAUGACAAGACCAUCGAAGGAGACUUCCGCUGGUCAGAUGGACACUCCUUGCAAUUUGAGAACUGGCGCCCCAACCAGCCGGACAACUUCUUUGCCACUGGGGAGGACUGCGUGGUGAUGAUCUGGCAUGAGAAGGGCGAGUGGAAUGACGUUCCCUGCAAUUACCAGCUGCCCUUCACGUGUAAAAAGGGCACAGUGGCCUGCGGAGAGCCCCCCGUGGUGGAGCACGCCAGGAUCUUCGGGCAGAAGAAGGACCGGUACGAGAUCAAUUCCCUGGUGCGGUACCAGUGCACCGAGGGCUUUGUCCAGCGCCAUGUGCCCACCAUCCGGUGCCAGCCCAGCGGGCACUGGGAGGCCCCUCGGAUCACCUGCACAGACCCCUCUACCUACAAGCGCAGACUACAGAAGCGGAGCUCACAGCCCCUGCGGAGGAGCCGCCCCAGCACGGCCCACUGAGAGGAGCUUCCAGGAUGUGCCCAGGAUGCUGAGCCCAGGAGCCUUGCCAGGCUGACAUCCCACAGGGAUGGUGUCCUCUCCUUGUCGCUUUCUGUCAUAUAAGGAAUUCCAUUAAAGAAGGAAAAAAAAUAAAUCCCACAUUGUGUAUGCACCCCCCCACCCCCCCAAAUCGCCAAACUGCAUCUAAUUUUCCUCCCAAAUGCCAAAGCAAAGCAAACGUAUUGUAACCCGUGGACUGAGUUUAGAGACGUUUCUUCAAUCUCCCGUUGUGCCUUUCCAGGGACCAGCGCAGGGACAGGGGGAGAAGGGGAGGAGUUAAGUUAAAUAAAGAAGGUAAUUUUUUGUUUCCUGACUUUAUCCAAGAGCAGUGCAAUCGUUGGUUCUUUCACCUCCAGGGAGAGCUAGGGAGGAGGGAGGAAGGGGCAGAGGCCUGAGGGCAUGAAGAGUGCGGAACCGCAGCUGAAUGUAUGGGAUGAGACGGAGUCUGAGGGCUGCACCAUCUGUGCGGGGGAGAAGCCUGGGGGAGACGGGGUGGCUUCCGGCCGCAGGUGAGCGGGCAGGAGAGAGCAAUCGAGGGAUCUUCCGAGGCGUGGGGGUCGAGUUCCUUCCGAGGGACCCUUUUCCAGAGUCGUCUCACCCAGGUCUGCCACCCCAGCAGGUGUCGAUCUCGAUCUCUGGCAGGGCUGGGCGGGGGGCAUUUCCUUCCCAGUGGGAGUGCCGCCCAACCCUCCCCCCUCCCUCCCCCACCCCCCGGGACCGUGCAGGCACCAGGGUUCCGUGCACCUAUUUAUAUUUUU